CCGAACGAUCGCUACAAAUCCCCGUUCAAGACGCGGUACGGACAUUUUGAGUGGGUGGUCAUACCUUUUGGCCUCACCAACGCCCCGACGACCUUUCAAGUGGCAAUGGCCAACGAGUUUCAUGCAAUGUUGGACCGGUUCGUGCUGGUCUACUUAGACGACAUUCUCAUCUAUAGUCGGGCAUUGGAGGAUCAUCUUGAGCACCUUCGACGAGUGUUGGAGACGCUCGGUCGCGCCAAGUACAAAGCCAACCGCGACAAGUGCGAAUUUGUCCGGCAAGAGCUGGAAUACUUAAGCCAUUUCGUCACACCGGAGGGCAUCAGUCCGUUGUCGGACGGGAUUCAAUCCAUCCAAGAGUGGCCGGAGCCGCGGAACGUCACGGAUGUCCGUUCAUUCCUUGGCCUUGCCGGCUACUACCAACGUUUUAUCAAGGGAUACUCGAAGAUCGCGACCCACUUGACCAAGCUUCAAUGCGAGGAUCGGUCGUUUGACUUCGGAAAGGAUGCGCGAGAAUCAUUUUUGGCUCUCAAAGCUACGCUAUUAUCUGCGGAGGUCUUGCGCACAUACGACCCACUAUUGCCAACACGCGUCACUACGGAUGCGUCCGGCUAUAGCAUUGGUGUCGUCCUCGAACAACACGAUGGCGUGGACUCGCACCCAGUCGAGUACUUCAGCAAGAAAGUGCCCAUCGUGCACUCCAUUGAUGAUGCACGCAAGAAGGAGCUCCUAGCCUUCAUCCACGCGCUCAAGUGGUGGCGGCACUUCCUCCAUGGUCGAAGUAAAGUCCGAUGGGUAACGGACAACAAUCCGUUGGUCUUCUACAAGACCCGAGACACUGUCAAUAGCACCAUCGCCCGUUGGAUGGUUUUCAUCGACCAAUUCGACUUCUUUCCCGAUCACAUUCCGGGGAAGUCUAACCGUUUUGCGAACGUCCAGAUCAUUGUACCACAGUCUAUUCGAACUUCGAGAUCGAUGACGGCUUGUGGGACAGUUUCAUCCGCGGCUACCAAGCCGACCCCGAGUUUUGUGAAAAGAACGCGAAUUGCUCCUCUCCUACUCCAGUGCCUUCACUACCGGAUCCAAGAGGGGUACUUGCUUGUCCACACGCGGGGGAAGGACCUUCUUUGCGUACCGAGUGACUCUCACUUGCGUACACGGCUUCUUGGCGAGUUCCACGGUGCUCCCGCCACCGCACAUUUUGGAGUCAAUCGAACGAUUUGCCGACUUCGCGAGCGCUUUUGGUGGCCCGGCCUUCUCGGCGACGUCACACGCUAUUGUGAGUCAUGCGAGGUUUGCCGACGCUGCAAAUCCCGCAACCAUUGUCUGUACGGCGAGUUGCGACCAUUACCGGUCCCCUUGCGCCGAAAGGAAGCGAUUGCCGUGGACAUUCCCCAAGCACAAGACCGGUCUGGAUGGGAUUCUCACGGUGAUCGACCGACUCACCAAGUUCGCUAUGUUUUUGCCAUGCCGCUAUCAUGCCAAGGCACCGGAGUUGGCCGAAGUUCUUUACGCCAAUUGGAUUCGAACCAAGGGUUACCCCAAGGAAAUCGUCUGCGACCUCGACACUCGGUUCAUGUCCGAUUUUUUGUUGGCGCUCAUCAAACUAUGGGGCUCAUCUCUCAAGCCAAGUUCGACUCGCCACCCCCAAAUUGAUGGCCAAACGGAGAGGGCGCAUCAGCCGCAUAGGUUCUCCUUCGCACUCUCAUCCGUCCCGACCAAAAGGAUUGGGUUGAGCGGAUGCCGGAUGUC